UUAUUAUCACCAAUCUGAAUUCAUAAUAACCUCAACAAGUAAACAAUAAAAUCAAACAGUCAGAAAUGUCAGAGCGUUUCCACGGUAACGAGCACAGAUUGCUUUAUGCAUAAACCGUUAAACAAAUUGUUUAAUUGAAUUCUGUAAGUGUAUUAAAAACAUGGAAAGUGAUUGAAAAUUUUAGCAUUUUCCUGGGAUAAACAUUAAAAUAGAUACAAUGGCGACAUAUGAUAACAAGGCCUGGUUGUUAAAAAGUGUCCGCGACGCAUUUAUAGCCACUGACGAUACCGGCCUCUGCGAUAUUGUUAUGGCAGGAGAAGAUUUCUCAAAAAUAUUUCAAAACAAGGCCAUUGAGGAAAAGAGGCGAGAAAGGGAUAAAGUGCUUUAUCAACCGAGUACGAGUAAAGGGAAGGAAUCUGGUACUGACGAGGAAGAUGACAGAGAACUAGUCACCCAGUUUGACCCCUAUCCUGAUAUGGACGAUAGUGAAGAGGACGAGCCGUGCCCCAGUUACCCUCGUAUGCCGGACGAAUUUUUGCCAGUACACAGGCAAAAGCUUACUAUAGACAAAAAAGAGCAAGAUUUAAAAAAGGCUGCCAGAAUUAAAGUUAUAAAAUGGGAGGACCCACAAUCACAGCUCACACCUGAACAAAUGGCUGAAGUCUUUGCAAAGAUUGAUAUCAAAAAACCAGAAACGAAAAAAUCAUUAUUAUCAGAACAGCUAGAAAACUGUCCUGACCUACCCCAUCGUCAGUACCUAGAUUAUGCAAAAUUUGAUGGCACUGCACAACUGGGCUUACCUACAAAGUCAUUUAAAAUCUUCAUGACAAUGCUUCCAGAGAAAUAUCAGAAUUACCCAGUUGUUAUUUGUGUUAUUGCCAGUGCAAAAAUAAAAGACUUGAUUGGCUUUACGUGCUAUAAAUACAGUAUAGAACAUCCAGACAUAGCACUAGGCUCUGUGCAAAACUAUGGUUUAUUUAUUGUAGAAGAUGAUGGUGAGGUGGACUUGGCAUUUCCAUGUCUUGACAGAAAUGAACCUUGCUCAAAAUUUGGUUUCACAUGCCUUGGUCUUGUGGAUCUCAAGAAAAGAGACACUGCUGUUAUGGCCUGCCCUAUACCCGAUUUUGAUAUGCAUUCAGCAUUCCAGUGUUUUCCUAAAGUAUCUGUAUCCGGGCAGAGUAACGCUAACACUUCAAGACUGCAUACAGGAGAUAGUGAUACCACAGAAGUGUUAAGGGCAAUGAAUUCUGUUAUUGAUGGCAACAAAGGUUUUGGAUUCCAGUCUGGUGCAGUAGCAGAUGCAUCACAAGACAAAUUGUACAGAGUGCAGUUAUUGCAUAAAGUGCGAGCAAACACACCAGUACAGUUGGGGAUCACUCUAGAUACAAUAGAAGUUGUGCCACUGGUACCUAAUAAACAUGCUUUCUGGGCGCGUCCAAAGUAUUUCCUGCACAGUAUGAAUUCUGUUGCAUGGUGUCAGAUAUUAGAGGAGAAAAGCAACAAAACUACAUUCCGAAUAGUAUACUCUCCCAACCAUGAUGCUACAUUUAGUGACAGGAAUACAGGAAACGUAAAUGUGUAUAGUCCAAACACAACAUACAAGAAACAUGAUUUUGAAGGUGAGCAUGAAAUAGCCAAAACUAUUGUUGAUAAUGUGAACACCAUUCUUGAUCUAAGAAAUAGUCCAUGCCGAAGGGAAUAUAAAACAGUGAAGGAGAAGAAAUUACAGACUAGAAGAAGUUUUCAUACAAGGCAUUUAAGUUGAGUUGAGGUUCCUAAUGAACUAAUAGUUCCUGAUUAAUUAUUUAAUAGUAUGUGAAUUAAACCAAUCUGAAAACACCAAUUUAAGCACAAAAAAUAACCUUAGACUUGGUUGUAGUAUUAUAGUCAACUUAAUGUUAAUAAAUUGGCAAAUUACAGCAUUGAUUUCUUUAAUUUGCCAAUUUGGUAUGCCAAUUUUAUACUUAAUGAAUAUCAAGUCAAAUAAUCUAUAUAUUUAAUGGUAAUAUUGUUUUUUUUAAGAUAUAAUAUAGAAAAUAGCAAAUAUAGCCAUAUCUGAAACUAAAUAGUGUUAGUGAAAAUUAUUUACUCGUAUAAUGAGAGCCUGCCUUGUACUUGGUUUGGCCAACCACUGGCAAAUGCAAGCACCGACUGAUGUUAAAGACUAAUGAAGUUAUUUUACUGCAAGUUUAUACUAACAAGAAAUAUCGCUUUAAGAUAUUAAACACAUAACUAAUGUGCUGGCAUUUUUCAAUAAACUAUAUUUUAAAUUUUAAAAAGUCAAGCAUUUGUUUAGUCAAAUUAUUCUUGUAAUCAUUCAUUCAAUACACAUCCAGUUCUAAAUCAUAGAUUGAUAAGACGUUAUGAAUAUUUCACAUUUUUAUAAUUUUUUAUUAGAAUGUGUACAUGAGUGAGUUGAAUAUUUAUAAAGGAACUAUAUUAUUUCAAGUGUAAUUAAGUUUAACAUAAGUAUUUAUUUAAGUAACUUUGAACUAAGUUCAAAAUUUUUAAAUUUAUUUAAUGAAUGUAUUGAUUUUAUUGAAUAAUUAAGAUUUAUAAUUCUACCUAUAGAAUAGGCAUCAUAAUUUGUUGAGAAUGUUUAAUAUCAUAAUAUUUUCAGACAAUAGUAUUAUUUAACUCUAUCCUACCUACUAAUUAUAAUGAGUAUCCAUACAAUAUGAAGUAUUUAAUUGUAUGAUAAUUUCAGUAAUUUGUAUGAAUGAAUGUACAUAAAUUAUAAUGAAUUCAAUUAUUAAAAUGAAUUGUUGAAAAAGAAUAA